AUGGAAACCUACCCAGAGAGGUGGUACGAAUACAUCAGCGUCACCACCGAGAGCGACACAGAGUGGAAAGACCAGACGCCCCAUGCCGGUCCUCCGCUCUUGUACGUUCCCAAUCCUAAGCAGACAGAAGACGAUGGACUCAAGGAUCGAUGCUUCAUCAGUCUUACUUCUCCAAUAUUGAUCAACAUAGCUUCUGAGGUAAACAUGGACUUGGGACGUCUGAGUGGCAGUGCCCUUUGCAGGUUAAUUCAAGCCUACAUGUACUCACAGCAUCAACAUAAACAAAAGACGUAUGAGGAGUUUGGAGAAUGGGCGAAUCUCCCAGAUCCCGAAGAAUGGUGGGCGAAUAAAGAUCCGGUGUGGAAACUCAGGGAGGCGAAGAUGAACAAUAAACUUCCUGUUGUGGUCGACAAGAAAACCAAUGUUUAUAGGCUGGAAUAG